UUAUUUUGGGGAAUAACUUCCGCUGGCCGCGAGCGUUCUUAUUACGGGGACUUGCUAUAUAAACCAGCGACAACAUUAUUGGAAUAAGCUCAAGAUCUCGGAUUUAAACACAGAGAAAUGGGGAAAAAGCACAAGAAACAUAAACCGGAAUGGAGAACAGUCGAUGACUACGAGGACAAGGCUCUUGAGAAGCCCCUGAAGCUUGUGCUCAAAGUUGGUGGAACUGAGGUGACAGAGCUCUCUGGUUCGGGCCACGACUCCAGCUACUACGAUGACAGAUCAGACCAUGAGCGGGAACGCCACAAAGAGAAGAAGAAGAAGAAAAAGAAGAAGUCUGAAAAGGACAAAGACAAAUAUGUGGAUGAUGAGGAAAGAAGAAGACGGAAGGAGGAAAAGAGGAAGAAGAGAGAGCGAGAGCAGAAUGAAUCAGAGGCAGCAGCAGCUGCUACAGCUUCCACCAGUGCUGGUGUGCCUGUUGAACCUUUCACAUUGUCAAAAAGCAUAAACAUUGGAUUAGAGCCGGAAGAGAAGAAAAAGAAGAAAGAGCGAGAGAGAGAUUUUGAACUAGAGCCAGACGUGGACGAGUUUAAUCCCACUAUUAAGAUGGAAAUGGACCAACAAGGAGACAGACCAGUCCGAGCAUGCAGGACGCAACAAGAGAGUGAGUCUACUCCUCGACAGCAACUCCUGGAACACUUUUUGAGGCAGUUACAGAGAAAAGACCCCCAUGGAUUUUUCUCGUUCCCAGUAACAGAUGCGAUUGCUCCAGGCUACUCAAUGAUCAUCAAGCAUCCCAUGGACUUCAGCACCAUGAAAGACAAGAUUAGAAACAAUGAUUACAACACAGUUACAGAAUUUAAGGGGGACUUUAAACUGAUGUGUGACAAUGCCAUGGUGUACAACCGACCCGAGACAGUCUAUUACAAGGCUGCCAAGAAACUGCUCCAUACUGGAUUCAAGAUGAUGAGCAAGGAGCGGCUGUUAGCUUUGAAGCGCAGCAUGUCUUUCAUGCAGGAGAUGGACUACAGCCAACAGGCAGCCAUUUUGGGAGAUGAAGACCUUACAACUGAUAUACCUCCCGCAGAGAUAAUCCCAAUGCCAGUGGAGUCGGCUAAGAAGUCCAAGAAACAACCAGUUAAAGACAUGAAGGAAGUCAUCAGUUACCUGUAUGAACCAGAGGGAAACGCUUGCAGCUUGACUGACAGUACAGCAGAGGAGCAUGUUCUGGCACUGGUGGAACAUUCCGCAGAUGAAGCUCGGGAUCGGAUCAACAGAUACAUGCCCAACUCAAAGAUGGGCUACUUGCGCAAGGAGGCAGACAAUUCUCUUUUAUAUACUGUUGUAAAUCAACUGGAUCCUGAUGCAGAAGAAGAGGAGACUCAUAAAGUGGACCUGAGUUCUCUGUCGAAUAAGCUCCUGCCUGGAUUAACAACGCUGGGCUUCAAAGAUGACAGGAGACACAAAGUAACAUUUCUAAGUAGUGCCUACAACAUCCAAACCCUUCAGAAGAACUCAGUCUUCCCAGACCUGCUGCCUGAUGAGGUGGACACACUCUAUUCAGCCUAUGGAGAUGACACGGGGGUACAAUGUGCUCUCAGCAUACAAGAGUUUGUCAAGGGCUGUGGAAGCAUCACAAAGCACUGGGUCGAUGGGCUUCUGGACAAGAUGACCGCCGGCGAUCACAUUAAAUCUGUCACUCAAAUCCGACAGAAAAGAAACAUGAUGCCAAAAGCUGAUGAAACCAAAUCUAACAUCUGUGACAUGCAGAUGGCAGAUGGCAGUGGCCUGGGAGAUAGUGGCUCCGUCCUGGACUUCAUGUCAAUGAAGAACUAUCCUGAUAUGUCUCUAGAUAUAUCCAUGUUGAACUCAUUAGGUAAAACAGUGAAAAAAGAGCCAGGGAAUGAGGAGGGCCAGCAGCACUUCGAUGAGGCCGAUAAACUCCUGCAGGAGUUCCAGGAGGCUCAGGUUGACAGAGUUGGCUCCAGACCCUCAUCCAACCUGUCCUCCCUUUCUAAUGCCUCAGAGAGGGACCAGCAUCACUUAGGGAGCCCAUCACACCUGGGUGUGGGGGACCAGUCUGAAAUGGUUCACGAUCCUUAUGAGUUCAUGCAGUCUCCUGAGCCAGAGGGCUCAGCAAACAGCUGACGACACACUGCCUUUUUGUCAUCCUGGUGUUAACAGCAAAGGGGUUGUCAGCUUUGGACUGUCUGAACACUGUGGAGACACCGGGAGACUGUGACCUGUUUUAAAAAACUGAUCAUGAAUGUACAGAAUGUUUGUAGUGUAAUCGUAUGAUUUUGUAUAAGUGCAACACUUGAGAAAUAAAUGCUUGCACCUGUAUUUAAAA